CCUUCCUAACAAGCCUGCAAACCCAUUUCCUCAAUGUCAACAUAGCCACUCACCGUCUUCUUCUUGCAUUCAGCACCUCAACUGUCCUUGGGGAAUAUCAUUCUUCACAAGGACAAGCUCCUAUUACUCGCAGGAGCUUUGUUUUGUCCUGAACUCCUCCCUCCCUGUCAACUCAACUCGACUGCCACAUCCUCACUACCCAAACAAACUCUCACCUUCACAUCAGAACAUCAAUGGCGGAAGUUCAAGUCCGCGGCAGCGGCACAAGAGGACGAGGCGGAUUCAGAGGCGGAAGAGGCGGUUUUAGAGGAGGCAGAAAUCCUAGCAGAACACAUCACAAAGCCGACAACGAACAAGAAAACAUUCCACCCACAUCGCUGGAAGAUCAGGGCGAAAUGGGCGAAUUCAAGAGAAAGUUUGGCGAUCAAGUACCUCUUUUGCGAGAGAUCUGCCCUGGCUGGAGUGAUGAAGAUCUCGUCUAUGCGCUCAACGAAACAGAUGGCGAUCUGAACGCGGCUGUUGAUCGAAUUUCCUCUGGCACGAUUUCGCAAUGGGAAACCAAGAAGAAGCAUCCAAAGACCAAGGAAGCGCCUGCUACCGCAACCGAAAGCGGAACUAGAGGUCGUGGUCGAGGCGGCUUCGAGGGUCGCGGAAGGGGUCGAGGCGCAGAACGCGGCGCUAGAGGCGGCCGUGGUGGCAAGUCAGUCGCUCAAACUAAUGGUACUAAGGACACCAAAGCGACGGACAGCUGGGAUAAUGUUGCCUCGACUCAGACCGGCGACGCCUCAGGCUUGGACACGGUGCCUGCGAACGGCGAUUCUGCUACAGCAACUGACGACUGGGCACGUGAACCUGGCAAAGACGCAUUGACAUCUCUGCAGACUGAGGAGCCUAAGCCGGCAUCUGCAGCUGCCCCUUCCACUGCCUCUACUGCGAAACCUGGAGGAUGGGCGGGUCUGUUUGCAAAGCCACCCCCAGCUCCCAAGCAAGCGCCAGCACCACCACCCUCUGUCCCGAAGCCAGAAGCACAACCUGCCGAACCUGAAAUUGUGGUCGGGUCGGAAGCUGCCCAGACAGAGCCGGCUCUGCCUCCUCCGAUCGAAGCUGUACCAAGCGAAGGUGGUCCAAGCGAACUGCCUUCCGCGCCUCAUUCGGACACGGGAAAAGACUUGACACCAGGAAAGGAUGAACUCACUGAAAAGAAUCUGGAGAAACUGCCGGACACGUCGCACCCAGUUGCAUCUGCCACAGCUGCUAGCACAGUCGCGAGCACUCAAGAUCCACUUGCUGCUCAUGACGGUGGUAAGCCUGUUCUUCGACCUGGGAUGUCGGGUUAUGCAGCGACUGCGCUGAAAGCCACGUCUGGAGGUAGCCGAUCCGCUAGUUACGCAAGAAAGGUGAUGGAGCAACAAGAAGCAGUUGUGAUGCCAGGACACCAAGCCGUCGAGAAGGCAGCUGUUCAGUUCGGUAAAUUGGGAUUGAAUGCACCUGACGACGUUGAUGUCGACGAAGAGAGAGAAGAGCCCGAGACUAGGACUCAGCUUCCAGACGACUCUCCAGUUGCCCCGCGAGCUUCCUUGCCACCUUCGCUGCCUGAGGCGCAGCAGCAAACUCCCUCGGUUCAGGCUCAAGCUCCCGUUGAUACCCAGCCCAUCACGCAGCGACAAGCUCCUGGACUACCGCCGGUUCCUCAGCAGCCUCAACAGCCUUCGCCCCAAUCUUCAUCGGCCUACGCCGAUCAGUAUAGGUAUGGUCAAGGUCAGAAGUACGAUCCUUUCGGUCAACAGACACAAAGCGCGCAGGUACAAAGCCAGGAACCGUUCUCUGGCCAAGUUCCAGGACAGCCCGGCGCCACAGCUUCCCAGAACGAUUACAGUGCUUACUAUGGCCGAGAUGCCUACAAUUACUACGGUAGUUAUGGCCAAGGUCACGAUGCUCAUCGCGCUGCAAGCACUUUUGGUACUACUGCUCCCGAGUCUCAAGCUCAAUAUGCCACCUCGCGCCCUCAACAAGCGAUGAGUCAGGAUGCCCAGGGAAGCGGUCAUAACACUCCUGCACCGGGUAUGCCCAGCCAGCACAGCCAGCCCUCUGGUCAUGUCCCAAGUCAAGGUCAUGGCUACCCUGGCUACGGCUACCCCAAUGCCUACAGUCAGCAAUAUCCCCAGUACGGUGCGAACUACAUGAAUCAAAUGAAUCACCGUUAUGGUUCUAACCGUCCUAUGUUUGAUGAUGCGCGUCGAUCCGAUAGUGAUUACUACAGCAGUCAGUACAAUUACGGCCAGAGUCACUAUGGAGGCGCAUACAAUUCCAAGAUGUAUGGUCAACCACAGCAAGGUUAUUCUUACGAACACUCAUCAUCCCCCGCGAACACCACUGGAUUAGGUCGUGAGGCAGGCUAUGGACGAGCAGGCUCUGCUCAGCCCGCUGAGGCUCAACCCGGUGCUGCUGGUAGCACGGCAUUUGGUGGCGCUCCUGAUCCUUUUGGUCGAACUUCUUCUGGUUUUGGACAAGCUCAACAACAUGCAGCUCACUCUGGAAAUGACGACCCCACCAAGGCAGCUGGACCGAGCCCUUCGAUGCAAGGUGGACGUCCCGGCUCCGCGGUCAACAGCCUCCCUGGCCAACAAGGCGGUCUUCCUCCUCCAUCUCAACAUUCUAAUCAACAGGCUUUCGGUAGCUAUCCUCAGUAUGGCGGCGGGUUUGGUAGUCACCAGAGCACUCAUCAAAACACUGGUUAUGGCGGUUACGGAUCUAACACUGGUUUCGGCACUUACGGCGGGUAUGGUGGCGGCAGAGGUUGGAAUGGCAGCUACGGUUCGGGUCAUUAGCCCAUCUCGUACUGAUACUCAUAGCUUAUCACGGCAUCACACCUCUCCUCUGUUGUAUUAGUGGAGUCGGGAACUUCUCUUCCUCGCACAAAAAGGGGAAAUAAUGGCGAAAGCAGGGAGCAACAAUGCAAAAAUGGUUUCUUGUGUGCAAAAACAUCUCAAUCCCCUUUGAACUGAGGGAAAUUGGAGUUUUUCUGAUUCUCUCCCUCUCUUUUUCUCUUACUCUUUUCCCUUUUUUGGCUCAUCGGGCUUGUACUUGUACCAAAACAACACGAAAAAAUGUUAGGCAGGAUGGGAAGUUGAGAGACUUGUCAAGGCGGGCUGUUAUUUCAUAGUCUGGUCAGGGGCUGGCGGACAUUGAAAGAUGGAAUUGAUCGGUUGGUAUGAUGCGAUCGAAAAAGUGAACAAAAAGGGACGCUGGGGACGGUAACAACCACUUGCCCUCAAAGGUCAACGUCAGACCUCUGUAGUGAUGGGACGGAUAGUGGCUCUCUCUCUCUUUCUCUCUGUGUGUCUACGGUUUCUCAUCUGGAAGUUGUAUCAGUGAGGCAAAAAGAGGGCCGUCUCUUUUCUUUUAUUGAACCCUUUAGGUAGAUUGAAUUGAACCGAGUAAUCGAAC